AUGGAGAAAUACUUGGAAUAUCUUAAGGGUAGAAUUAUAUGUCGAAAUAAUGUUAUUAAACAGCUGUAUUCUUUAAUUGGUUAUUUGGAUGAACCAAUGCCUUAUAGCAUAUUUGUGUAUGGUCAUGUAGCAACUGGAAAAUCUUUAGUAGUGCAAAAUAUGCUUUCCUUUUUAAAAUAUAAUACUGCCAUUAUUAAUUGUAUUGAACAUGUGAAUAGCAAGCACAUAUUCAAUUACAUAUUAAAUGAUUUAUCUUCAAACUCAAAUAAGAUUGCAGUCAGUGCUAAACUGCAACACAAAUGCGAUAACAUUGUAGAUUUUGUAACAAAUCUUAGAGAAAUUUCCAUGAAUGAUACUCGUCCGAUUAUGAUUGUGUUUGAUAAAUGCGAAAAACUGAGAGACAUUGAUUCCAAUUUGCUACCUAUGUUUUCAAGAUUGCAAGAAUUAUCAAAAAUUAAUGUUUGCGUAAUAUUUAUAAGUGAAUUAGUAUGGGAAAAGUUUCGUGUAAAAAUCGGUAGUUACGAACCGAUUAAAAUUCAUUUUUCUCAGUACAUGCAAAACGAAUUUUCUAAAAUAUUACUUAAAUACAAGUCAUGCAAUUACGAAGAUACAUUUUACAAAAACUAUGUAAAUUUAUUUCUCUCUGUGUUUCUACGAUUCUGUCGAGAUCUUAAUGAACUUCGUUACAUGGCCAAGAUAAAUUUUUCUAAGUACAUACAACCUAUCGAAACAGAUGAAUCUAAAAAGGAUGAUACUGCCAUGCUGUGGAGGAACAUUUCCACUGUUUUCAAAACAAAUUUAGAACUUAUUUAUCUACGAGUUUCAUCAGAAGAUUUUUCAAAACAUAGCCAAUUAUCCAAAGAAAUUGAAUCGACAACAAAAUUGGCAUUAAGUUUUGAGUUACCGUAUUAUGCAAAGUACAUAUUAAUUGCUUCGUAUCUUGCGUCAUAUAAUCCUGCCAAAGAAGACAAACAUCUCUUUAUGAAACAAAAGGUUAAGAGAAAAAGAAAAAAUGUUGUCAAGAAAACGGCGUCAAAAUUUGGUGUUAACUGCGGCCCGCACAACUUUCCAAUUUCUAGAAUGCUUGCUAUUUUUUGUACGAUUCUUGACGAGAAAGUUGAUAUAAAUGCCAGUUUACUGGCUCAGAUUCCAUCAAUGUGUCAACUUGGGUUAUUAAGUUUUGUAGGAAAUUAUAGUUUGGAUGAAUCGAAACUUAAGUGUUGCGUAUCCUACGAUUUUAUUCUCGUAAUAGCUAAAACUGUUGGAUUUACCAUACAGAACUACAUACACAGUUUCACGCACUAAACACUCUACAUUUUUCGCGAAACAUAUUACUGUAUAAGCAAAUUAUCAGUGUGCAGA